GUAAGGACGCCCGGCGUCUGACAUGUGCCUUUCUCAGAUGCUUGGGUUGAAGUUCCCAGUCAUUUCGACAGCCACACUGCCCCCGUAAAUAAACAGCUUGGCUGUGCAGAAUGCAUUCACAGAGACCACAUCAAAUACCCUGCGACACUGGCCUCCCCUGUGAGCUUAGACAACUGCAACCGUCUUUUACUAUCAGACCACAUGGGAGAGUCUGUAUACGUUUAUAAUCACGCAGUCAUGGAGACAAGUACAUACCACCACACGGUUGCUGUUUUUGGGCCACUGCGCUAUACGUUGAUGACAUAGAGGGCAAUGUUUACAUGAGUUGAGAAACGCAUCAUAUAAUUAAGUGUAGACGGUGACACGAUUGAAGGCGCAGUUUUGAAAUCUAGUUAAAAAGAGACUUAUAUGUUACAUCAAAUUACAGUACAAUUUGCUGCUGCCAGACGGAUGUGCAUAUAGGUUAGAACAGAGAAAAUGUCACUGCUACAAUGUCUGCCAUCACUGUAUUCAAAACAAGAGUGACUCAUUUUGCACGAUUAAAAAUGUUCCCGUAUGGUUAUUAAAGAUGCAUCAAGAGUCCCUUCCUGAGAUCUCAAACAUCACAAGUUGAAGCUUCAAGGGAUCCAUCUUGGCAGGUUGUCAUGGGAACAGUUUAUCCCUCCGGUCUCUGCCUUGUAGUCCCUCAGGAGACCUCUAAGAAUUCCCCGGUGCAGGGUCUGAAAAAAAGGCGAUGCUCUCCCAACCCUUUAGACAACAUCGGAGUGAGAUUGACACUUAUUGAAACAAGCUGCGGUCCGAUGUUUGUGGAAGCUGACAGAGGAAACAAACGCAUUGUAUUAAUCUAAAGAAGAGGUUGACCAUUUCUCCAGCAAAUGUUCCGAUCACAGUUAGAGGAGUGGCUCUACUUAGCAGAUGGGCAGUGUAAUUCAUCUGAGGUGGUGCGUUCGGGUCGUUUUUUUACUCCAGCCGCUGUGAGAUGUCAAGAUUCCCACACAUUUGAAAUUCUGUGAGUGCACGUGUAGACAGCCGGAGACUAGAACAGAUGAUGUAGGCCUCAAAUGAACCCCGCUGUCACAAUGACAGCCAAUUCCUAACUCCCCAUUUCCCUUGUCUGCUUUCUCCCCUGACAUUUACUUACUGACAUUUACCUACUGUCUUGACAUUUCACAUCCUGCUACUCCUCCUGCACAGCUGUAACGUCUGUGUUCCCGCCGUUCCCCAUCACCUAAACUCCUGUCGCCCACCUCCACACCUGUUACCGCUACCUCCUCUGCUCAGUAGUUCAUAUACCGGCCCUUUGGGCUCAUGUUCUCUAACCUGAUCCCCUGUUAGAUAGGUUUCCCUCAUCUGCCGUGCCUCCCUUAUUUGAACUUUUGCUUGUUUUUGAACCUGGGUAAACAUCAACAAUUGGACCGUGAGAUACCUCUGUUGCCAUCUCUUUUUUCUGUCAUUAAGCCUUAUUCUUGUUGUGUAUUUGAAUUCCCGUGAUUCUAAAGGGCACCGGUCAAAUAUGUUGUCGAGCGCCGUGCAUGUCGCGCGUGUGGUGUCGUGUGCAUUUUAUAUUCUCUGCCUGUUUUUAGUCCUCGGUUCACCUGCAGGAGGAGCUGUGGCUCGCCGCAGCCUCUCUGGAGCAGAAGAGAGAGAUCCCUCUUUUUCUCCUUCAGUGGCAUGACAAAUAUCCCCGAUGCUGGAGAGAGCGAGAGAGCGAGAGAAUAUCAGGAGGCAACCGAGAAGGGGAGGGAGAGAGCGAGGUAGCAGCCAGUGUGACCGAUCAGAGCGUGGCAGAACUUGUCUCCUCGACUGCGCCGGGGGGAAAGAGACAGCAGGUGCACCAGAGUGUCCGGCAAGGCUGCUGCCUGCGCAAACACACACACACACACACACACACAAGUACAUGUACACACUGACAGACAGACAGAAAGACCCCUCUGUCCGCCUGCACCAGAAGAAGUUAAGAGAGAAGACUAACCUUAAGAAGGUGGGUUGGCGGACGUUGGGUCUGCGGAUUAACUUCAAUAUUCUGGCUUGCCUUAAACUGCGCCCGCUCGUCCUGUAGAGGAGUUUGUGUGUUUCCCCUCUAGAGGAACUUGCCGCGUGUUUACAGCCCGAGGGAGGAUGGAGAAGCUGUCGGGAAAAGACAAGGAGCUGAUACGAGGCAGCUGGGAGAGCCUCGGCAAGAACAAAAUUCCUCAUGGUGUCGUCAUGUUUUCCAGCUGCGGCUCCACACAGGACUGCCUCGCCAGCCCCGAGUUCCUGGAUCACGUCACCAAGGUGAUGCUUGUGAUCGAUGCAGCGGUCAGCAACCUGGACGACCUCCUCUCCUUGGAGGACUUUCUGCUCAACCUCGGGAGGAAGCAUCAGGCUGUGGGAGUCCACACGCAGUCUUUUGCUCUGGUGGGUGAAUCCCUUCUCUACAUGCUGCAGUGCAGUCUGGGCCCGGCCUACACGGCGCCGCUGCGCCAAGCCUGGCUCAACAUGUACAGCGUCGUGGUAGCAGCCAUGAGCCGAGGCUGGGCCGAGAACGGGGAGGACAAGGCCGACUGAGGCGCCGCAGCGGUGCCCGCUGAGCUGUCAAAUCAAUCAACGUGGUUGCCAUGGAAUAAGGUUGUGUAACUUGCUGCAUUGUGGCUUCGGUCCGCUGUACAUUUGCUCUUUGAAUGAGGUCGCGUAGCGAAGCGGAGGUCCGGUGUGGUUACACUUUACAGUCUGAUCAAUCGAUCAAUCAAUCGUUCAAUCGCAGAGUUUUAUUUUCCUUUGCUGCGGACGUUUAGCUACCUGGCGAGUACAGCUGUUCUGGGCCAGCCGGCUUUUGCUUCUUCUAAGUGCAGAAAGCCAAAUCUGUGCGCCUCACUCUGAGGGGAAAAAAGCAAACGAGGAUAACGGUUGAGUCUCUUUGUAUAUAAUGGCAUUGAUAUAUCUACUCAAAUAACACAGUGGUCUUUGAUGUAUCUUUAAAAGAGUCGCACAAUUGUGAAACACUAGAUAUCCUAUUUAGGCAUCAACUACUCAAACUGUGACGGUUACUGUGGCCGACGUGGCAGCUCUCUAUCUAACUGGAACACAGUGAUACUGUACACGACAUGUUCAACGUUUUGUGACAAAGCAAUGUGAUUAUACGGAAGAAAGUCCUUUCACCUUAAUCCUAAUCACACCGUGUUUUUUUAUCGAUAUUACAUUACACCCACACGUGUGUGUGUGUGUGUGUGUGACACUUUGUUGCCCAACAUUUGUAUUUUCAAUAGAUACUGACAGAACUGUUACAAUCUCUGAUCGGUCUCCUCAGCGAUCUACGACUGUUAAGGCGUCAAAGUGCACCUUACUCAAAAUGGUGUGUGUCGCUCUCCUCGGUAGAGGUUGUGAUUGUUUCAAUGGGCUCCAGCCGACUGUUAAACUCUAGCUCAUAGACUGUUAACUCUUUACUCUGCAGCAAAGGGCCCCUUUGUAACGUCUUUUGUUCCUCGGCUAUCGGUUCCUAGUCUUUGUUAGUGUACGGUAGUUUUUCUUGUGCUGUGAUCGCUUAUCUUAGUUGUGCUUAUUAACAGUAUUUUAAAUGAAGCGUUACCUCAGCUGUAGGAGUGAAGGUGAGCGGAGCGGCUCGUGUUUUUCCAACACAUGGAAGUGGAGCCGCACGUGAAUAUUUAUUUGUGGAUUAUGACAUAAGGACAAACUGGAUUGAUGAAGAUUGUUUCAUUUUAAUUCGCUCAACACAGAAAAUAAUUCUACAGAUACUUUAUGCUGUCGCUGUCCAAUAUGUGUGUUAUUCUUAUUAUUGCUGACAUAACACUGUAUGUAUCAUCCUCAGCUGUUGUCGACAUUCAUGGUCAUAACGCCAAGUAACUUAGCAACAGUUGCCAAGUAUUAGAUAAUAACACCAUACAACUGUAAAUCCAAGCUGCUGAUGUUUGGUUAUUAUCGCUUUAGUCCAAGUUUACAUGUACAAAGUUUAUUUUUAUAUCCUGAAAUGUGUGUUGUUUGAGAACAUUGUUUUUUUGUUUUUUUUCCAAACAUGACAUAGUUAUAUCCUCCAGAUAUAUUACCUUGUGUGGGUUUUACUUAAUCAAAAUAAUAUAUACAGUUGAGGGGAUAUAUAUAUAUAUAUCCUCAACUUCUAAAUCUAAAUGUCCUUACUUCUUAAAAGUCCUUACAGAAAAUGAAUAUGAACUGAUUGUGGUGUAUUUAUAGUGGUUCUUGUCUUAGUGUCAGUACACAGCCCUCUGCAGGUUGUUCUUCACAUCUUUGUUUUGGGUUAUCUGACAUUAAGUCGUUUUAGCUGGCGUGACUGAUAACCGCUACGUUACCCUGUUAACAUCCAGCUGUGUACAGAUUGGGUGUGUCACUGUCUACCUCAUCAGCUGCUAUUGAACAGUGAUGACUUCACCUAGUUAUCCUUCAACCAAAAACGCACAAUAUUACUAUUAACUUAAUGCAAGAACGCACUCUUUGUAAACUGGAUUCCAUCCUAAACAAAACAUGUUGUGUGCGUAUUUGAGACUAAAUAAAGUGAUCUGUGGAUAUUUUACUGCUGAA